UUUCUGCUCUUACCCCACUUUCCGCGAAUCCCUGCCCGGCGCGUCCACGGGUGCCCGUGCAGUCGCGUCUGGAUCACGCUCGGAUGCUUCCCUACUACGGUGUAGCAUCUCACAAUGUCCGCCCGGGACUUCGACGCGGCCCUCAGUGCGCCCGAUAACGACGCCACCCACAAGCGUCUCCAGCAACUCGCCUGUGCUAAUUCCACCAGCGGCGCUACUCUCCCAGCCACAGCCGAGGCGUACCUGCGAGCAUUUUGUGCUGGGGCAUCGUCUCUCACUCGGCGCAGAUGGGUUGGUCUGGGACUGAGAAAGAUGAUAGACAAGUCGGGCGUCGUUGUGGCGCAUAUGAAGACCCUCACACAGGAGCUUCCGCGGCUAGGCCAGGUGAUUCUCCACAACACCGAAGCAGAGGAGACCAAAAUUGUCGCAGCUUUAGUCAUACGGCAAGGGCUGGAGAGCGGCAUCGAUUUCGCGCGGUUUUGGCCGUCACGAAAGGUCCAGGACAAUGCCCCCAUUUUCCCAAAAACCGCCGGUCCUCGGUGGAUGCAUCAGUUCCAAGAAUUCCUGGACGUGUUGAACGAUCUAGUCGUCGCGAAUCCAAUCACCGACCCAGCUGUAUUAUAUCCCGUCUCUCUACUCGCUUCCGAUGGUUACAAAUGGCGAGACGACGUCAUAUCCAUCGUGCUCAUGCAGAGCGAGCUGGUCACUGUCGUCAUUCCAGACUCCUCAGUCCACGAUAUCAGUUUCAUGGAUAUACCGUUGCAUCACAUUCACAAUGUGACAAGCCAGCGCUCAAAGCUCCACGACUCUCAAGGAAUAGGGACGAAGCUCGAGCCUUGGGAAGUCGUUCUGACGCUCAUGCCAGGGCAGUGGACGUAUCGCCUUGACUCGUCCGAGCGCGAAGGGCGCUUCUUGACCAUCAUGUUCGCGAAGAAAGACGACGCCGUGGAGUGCAAAAAUUGCAUCGAGAGCUUUCUUCCCCAAUCCUCGCCUCCAAGGAUUCAGAGUAGCGCGCCUGUCAACUUUGAGCAAGAAUCCGUCCAAGAGGAGGGUCUUGUGUCCGAUGAUGAGCUUGCUCAGUCACCGCCAGUGUCUCAGAGGGAGGUAGAAGGAACCCGUUCAACCCCGCACGCGAUGGCGGUUUCGCAGUCGAAGGUCGUCAAGUCGCAGACUGUUACAACGAAAGAACCUGAUUCAUGCUCCGAAGGUUUAGAACCGCGUUCACACCCACUCCUGUCAACACCGAUGAACCAUGAGUCUCCCAAAUCCGGCAUCGGGGACGGCACCCCGAUAAGUGCCGUACAGACGCGAGCAACUCGGCCUAAACUCGGCGCUCUGCCAAUGGUCAAGAAACCAGCAGGACCGAAAGUGAACGGAAAAAAGUCCAUGGUGGAGGUAGAUGAUGCGACUUUUGAGUUUCCUGACUGGUCACCAAGGAUAAAACGACGCUCUGUCCCAACACAGAAGAGAUCGAGAGUCGGAAACGCCAAUACCAAGAAGUUUAUCAGCAAAGCAAAGCCCAUAAGGCCCAAAGCAAAGCCCAAGACAAUGCAAGCGAACGAUAUCGAGGAGGAGGGAGACCCAAUAAGCUCACAGGUGCUCCAACCGUCCGGCCCUGAGCCUUCUCAACUACAUAGCCCAAUCGAUACUCUCGACAACGCAACGAAAACUUCUGUUGUCGCACCCAAGUCGCCGAACUUACCAACAGUAGGUAACCGGACGGACGGAGGUGCUUCUAAAUCCCAGCGUCUUGCCUCCGAUAUCUUUGCUAUCCCGCAAGAUGACGAUUCUCAAGCGAGGCCGCGGGCGAGACGGAAGGGAGCCAAGUCGGUUAUCUAUCAAGAAGGACACACGUCGGGCGAAGAGAGUUCUGGCUCCGAAUAUGCCGAGAAGAAAAGCAGGACGACCCGCUCGCCGGCGAAAGGAGGCCGUCCUUCGAAAGCAGUCAAUUCGAAGAGGGCAUCGAAGGCCCCAAACCCAAAGAGCAAGCCAAGCACCAAGAAUGUGAGGAAUUUGAAAGCAGAAACCCAGCCAGGAUCACUCCUUCGAGGUUCUCUAUUAGCCAAAUCGAUUUCAAAAUCACAGCCUCCCUCAAGCGCUGAGCCAAAGAAAACUGAGUUGGAUCCUGGACGAGCGCUAAAGGACAAGGAGAACAGGCCACCAGCCGUCGACCAGUCUGCCCGUGCAGUAUCGCACCCAGCGGACGACACCGUGUUGAGCUCAGAGAUACAUAUUCUGGAUCGUCUGAACGAUCUAACACACGAGGAUGAACACGGCUUUGUGCCUGUUCACGUGUCUGCUAGUGAGAAGAGCAAUGUUCCCCAAAAGCGGCCAGCAGUGGACUCGUCUCCGUUAACUCCACCCUCAAAGCGGGCCAAGAAAGAGCAGACAUUGCCGAACGGCACGGCGCCUAAGUCCAGCCCCUUACUCAAGGCUCCGACGAUGAUUGCACCUCCGCGAGUGCUGAAGGAUCCCUCCAGUCCCUGUAGACAAAAGCGUCCGCCAUCUUCCAUCCAAACAAGAAAACCAAUGCAUGAAAUGUACACUCAAUCCGAAGAGGAUGCUGGACAAAUCGAGAAGGUGGAGCGGCCCGCGCGGAGCCAACGGAGCACCGCCGAUCCGAGGAAGCGACCGGAGCGAGGACAUACACCUAUACAUCACCGCGCACAACGCAACCACUCCAGCGGCUCGGUCAAUCAGCAGAUCCUUUCAAGCAAUAGUAAAUUACUCCCUGCUUCUCCGCGUGCGGAAUCUACAGCAAUAUCAGGUCAUGCGCAUCGCGACCGCGUGGCCAUUGAAAGGGAGAUUGGAGAACAUGAAACAGCGAAAAGCGACCCUUUCAGUCGCCGAUCCAACUCACAGACGGUCACCGCGUUUACGCGAAGGCUGACAGGAGAAGCGGGCAUUCCGAAUACGCCAGUCGGCAACUCCCAGCAUCGACCUAUAGAGCUGAUUGAUAGCGGGAGCUCCAGUGGCGUGUCCAGCGACGUUGAACCUAUGGUCGAGUCCCCGAAAAAGCCCUUCAUUUUGCCUAAACAGCCUCCAGUGAAGCCGGCCAGCGUGGUGCAGAUCAAGGUCGAGAACCCCUUCCUACACCCUCGCAUCAAGAUUUCUGAGCCUCUGGAGCCAAUAUCAAAUGGCCGGGCACCUGCCUUGGUGCAGCCAGGAUUGGAGCGGAGGCCCAAGGAAACCGAGAAUGUAGUCAUGGAUGAGUCUAUUCGCAACGGCCCUCCACAGCUUGUUGAAGAGACGCAGCCGCAGGACGUCAGUUUACACGCUGGUGACGUGGGGAUGGAAGGUGAAACCCUCGUUGAGCAAGAGGAAGAAGAACUGCCUACCCAAAGGCUUUCUCCUGUUCACUUUAAAUCGUCUCCACCACCUCUGGGCUCACCCAGCAGCCACAGCUCCACGUCUGCCGAAGAUGAACCCCGUACCGAGCCUCCCAUCCCAACAUCUGAUGCGGACGAAAUGGAAUGGGAAGCGAGUCUGCAGCCCCACCAACGAUCCUUGCAGGAGCAGCUCAUACGUGUCUCGAAGCGCGUCGUGCGCCACAUCGUCGACAACGAGACUGCUGUCGACGAUAUUGCCCAAAUGUAUGCUCAAGACAGUGAGCAUAUGCUGCGGACGCUUAUCGAUCGGCAUACCGGAGAAUCCGACACCAUGUUCAAGAAUGUGGAAAAGAAGAAGGGCAAGGUCCAGAAAGCAUCAGAGCAGCUGCUGAAGAAGCUGGGCAAGGAGCGGCAACAAGUCCUCGCCGACGUGCCUUCCGGUUAA